GAGUUCCUGAAAAGCAACUAACUCACCCAUCUUAGUUUCAAGGAGGCUUUGUGGAAUGUUUAAUUGUUUCCAAUGUUUGCCUUUUUGCUCCUAAAUUUCUUGUUCCUCAUUCAACCAACUUCUCAGGUAUCAGAGCCUGACACUUUUCUGAUACACAAUGAAUACUUAAAUCUUUGUAUACAACCUCAAAAAUCUCGUUCUAUCAUUCUGGAGAGCUGCAACAUGGAUAAUGAGUGGCAAAAUUUUAAGUGGGCUUCCGAAGAUCAAAUAUUGAACAUGGCAACUAAGCUGUGUCUAGCAGUGCCUUCAAAUGCCAGCCUGGUUCAGCUCACACUUUCUCCCUGUAACAAGACCAGUGAACUUCAGAAAUGGGCCUGCAGAAAUGAGACCCUUCUGGCACUUGGGGAGGAAAAUCUGUUUUUACAACCAGCCAGAGGACGUAAGGGCAAUAUUAUACUAUCUAAAAUACCCACCACAAAGAGUAACUGGAAGAUCUAUGGAACAAAAGACAGUUUGUGUUCCAAGGGAUAUGAAGCUCUGUUUACCUUAGAAGGCAAUUCCCUUGGAGCCCCAUGUGUAUUCCCAUUCAAGUAUAUGAACAAGUGGCAUGCAAAGUGUAUAACAGAUGAUGAUGAAAAUGCACGACUCUGGUGUGGAACAACAGCAGAUGUAAAUGAAAACUCUCUAACAGGGUAUUGCCCAGUGAAAGAUGACCAUGAUGAAUUCUUCUGGACCAAAAACCAUUGGACAGGAGAUCUGUACCAGAUCAACUCCCUUUCAGCUCUCACAUGGUACCAAGCAAGACGUAGCUGUCAGCAACAGAAUGCAGAAUUACUGAACAUAAGAGAGCUACAUGAACAAACAUACCUGACAGGAUUAACAGGUGGUAUGGAUGGUGACUAUUGGAUAGGCCUUAACAAUUUGGAUUCUGACAAUGGGUGGAAAUGGGCUGGCAACCAUCCUUUCCCAUAUUUAAACUGGGCUCCAGGUAGUCCAUCUCCAGAAUCAGAAAAAAUCUGUGGCUCAAUGCAGUCUAAGAAUGGUAACUGGGUAAAUUAUAAGUGUGACCAGAGACUUGGAUACAUUUGCAAAAAAGAAAACUCCUCACUUGAUUCUUCAGUUAUUCCUGCAGAUGACUUAAAACCAAUUAAAUGUCAAGAUGGUUGGAUUGCAUACACAGGGUACUGUUACUGUCUUCAUAGAGAACCGAAGACAUGGAGUGAUGCAUUGUUGUCCUGCCGAAAGGCAGAUGGAGAUUUAAUAAGUAUACACAACAUUGAAGAAUACAGCUUUGUGAUUUCUCAGCUUGGUUACAAAACAACAGACCUUCUGUGGAUAGGACUGAAUGACCGGAAGACCCAAAUGUAUUUUGAAUGGAGUGAUGGUACUCCAGUAAGAUUUACCAAGUGGCAGCGAGGAGAACCCACACACAUAAAAAAUAUACAGGAAGACUGUGUCAUCAUGAGUGGAGAGAAUGGGUCCUGGGGUGAUUCUUACUGUGAAGAUGAAUUUGGUUAUAUCUGUAAAAGAAAACCUUUGUCAUCUGUUCCUGAAGAAGCCGAACCGGAUGACCCAAAAUGCCAGAAAGGCUGGAAAAAACACGGUUUAUAUUGUUACUUCAUUGGAGUGACUGUUGUAACAUUUUCAGAAGCAAAGAUAUUCUGUGAAGCAAACAAGGGAUUUUUAACUACAGUGGAGGACAGAUAUGAACAAGCCUAUUUGACUAGUCUAGUUGGACUGCGUACUGAAAGCUAUUUCUGGAUAGGCCUUUCAGAUGUUCAACAUCCAGGGACAUUCAGAUGGACCAAUGGAGAUAACAUCCUCUUCACCCACUGGAAUUCAGAUAUGCCUGGGCAACGUCCUGGUUGUGUGGCCAUGAGAACAGGAACUGCAGCUGGAUUAUGGGAUGUUGUGGAUUGUGAGGAGAAGGCAACUGUCCUCUGCAAACGAUGGGCAGAAGGUGUGACACCUCCACCAGUCCCAGCAACAACUACCCAAGCCCCAUGCCCAGAAGGAUGGAGCUCCAGCCCAACUAGGAAUGUAUGCUUCAAAGUAUUUCUUUAUGAAAAACGUAAAAAGAAAUCAUGGCUGGAAGCACGAGAUUUCUGUAGAGCAAUUGGAGGAGACCUGGUUUCUAUUCACAGUUAUGAAGAGAAUCUCUUAUUAAAGAGACUCAUGCUUUCAGAGGGAGCCUGGCUUGGUUUAAAUAGAUUAGACCCUGAGAAAGGAUGGACUUGGAGUGAUGGAUCGCCUCUAGACUUUGAAGACGCACAUGAAAACUCAUCCCCUUACCUAAAUACGCAACCAACUUGCAAAAGCUUGUAUAGAUAUUAUUCAAAAUGGAGAACCUCUUCAUGUGAGUUUUUGAUUAACUGGAUUUGCCAAAUAACAAAAGGUGUAUCCUUAAAACCAGAACCAAGAGAUACUUUUGACUAUUCUUUCAAAAUUGUUGAAGAUGGUUGGAUUGAGUAUGGGAGCAAUGAAUAUUAUUUCAGCAAUGCCACUUUGCCUGCAGAAAGGGCCCAAGCAUUCUGCAAGAAGCAUGGUGGUGGUCUCACAGUCAUUGAGACUGAACGCGAAAGAAAGUUUUUGUGGAAAUAUAAUUACCGUUAUGGAGCUGGCUAUAACGCUUACAUUGGUUUAAUUCUGAGUCUGGAUGGAAAGUUUGGCUGGAUGGAUGGAUCUCCAGUGACAUAUGUAUCUUGGGCCCCUAAUGAACCCAACUUUGCAAAUGAUGAUGAAAAUUGUGUGGUUAUGUAUUCUAACACAGGCUUAUGGAAUGAUAUAAAUUGUGGCGCUGAGAACGGCUUCAUUUGUAAAAGACACAAUAGUUCUGUCGAUUCACCUGUCACUCCCACAUCACCUGAGCCUCUUGGAGGAUGCGCUGAAGGCUGGCUUUUGUUUGAUAAUAAGUGCUUCCGAAUAUUUGGUUUUAAUGAAGGAGAGAGAAGGAACUGGUCUGAUGCACGCACUGAAUGCAAAAACCUAGGAGGAAACCUGGCUUCCAUAACAAGCCAAGCUGUUCAAGCUUUCCUUAUAGUACACAUAAAAAGCACUUCAACUGACCCCUGGAUUGGACUGAAUGAUAUUAAUCAGGAACACCAUUUCUUAUGGACAGAUGGAAGUGGUGUCUACUACACAAACUGGGCCAAAGGUUCCCCCAGAUAUAAUGGUGAUUGUGUUUCUAUGGUGAAAAAGCCUGAGAUGUUAGUAGGAAAUUGGAGAGACGAAAGAUGUAGAACUAAGAAAAGCUACAUCUGUCAAAAGAAGACUGAUACUAUAUUAUCUCAACAUGAAACAACACUUCCAGCCGCUGAGUAUACCCUUUAUGGAAACAGCAGCUAUUCUCUUGUUAGCCCCAAAAUGACAUGGGAAGAUGCAAGAAAAAAGUGUAAAUCUGAAAAUUCAGAGCUUGCCAGCAUUUUAAAUCCUUACACGCAGUCAUUUUUAUGGCUACUGGUUUUAAAAUACAAGGAACCUGUGUGGAUCGGCCUAAAUAGCAAUCUGACCGAUGAGAAAUACAAAUGGAUAAGUAACUGGAGGCUGAUGUAUACCAACUGGGCUGCUGAAGAGCCAAAAAAGAAAAUUGCCUGUGUCUACUUGGACCUUGAUGGUCACUGGAAAACAGGCACUUGCAAUGAAACGUAUUUCUCUGUCUGUGAGAAAUAUCAUGGUAUAAUCCCAACAGACCCUCCUGAAGGCCCAGGAAGAUGCCCAGAAUCAAAAGUAUACCACAGAUCUUGGAUUCCUUUUCGGGCUCAUUGCUAUGCUAUCUACCCUAUGAGAGUAGCCUGGUCUAGAGCAUCCAUGCUAUGUGCUCAUCUAGGUGGCACUUUGACUUCCAUAGAAGAUUUAGCUGAAAUGAAUUUUUUGCUGAUACACACUCAAGAAUUCACUGAAACAGAAUUUUGGAUAGGAUUAUUUAAAAAUGUGGAUGGAGAGUGGAUUUGGCAAGAUAACACUGAAGUGGAUUUUAUGAACUGGAAAUAUGAAGUACCUAGAACAUUUUUUACACCAUAUGAACAUGAUGGCCAUAGAGUUACUUUUCGAGAACAAUGCAUUUCCAUGAAUAGCCAAAAUGGGAAAUGGAUUGGUGAAGGCUGCAAUUAUCCAGAGAAAGGAUUUAUUUGUAAAACAUCCAAGAUUCCCGAAGAGCCAACUAAAAAGCCUACAGAAGAGAAACAACAAGCAAAGGUUCCUGCAUCAGCACAUGGCACAAUUGUGAUUGUCGGUCUCCUGGUAAUGCUUAUCCUUAUCAGUGCAGGCAUUACAGCCUAUAUUUUCUCCAAAAGACGAAGGAGACAACUGCAAACCACUGCUGGGUUUGGCAACUCCUUGUAUCAGGACAAUGUUGUUAUCCUUCAGAAUGACUCAGACUCUCUUGCGGACAACAAAACAGAAGAUUAAUACAUUUUCCUGUAAUCUCAUUGGACACAACAGAAAUGAUAUCUAAGUAGAAGGAUAUACCAUUGCACUGUUUAUAAAUUCAUAGAAGUAACCAUUUGAAAAAUAUUCAGUUUAAGCUGUAACUCUCUGCAACAGGAGGGGCAAUUACUGGGACUUAGGAAAGUUACAUUGGUUUUCUGAGCCCUGGAAAGCUAAACCCCAAAUGGGGUGAAGGGUGUAAAAAAAAUCUAAAAAUAAUCUGUAUCAUGCCUUAUCCAAGCCUCUCGGGCUGCACUAUUGCACCCCCUGACCUGUAAUGGACUUCUAUCAUAAUAGGAAGAGCCUGGCUGCCCCCUUCAAAUGUUGAAGAACAUGAAGUCCCUGAGAAGGUUGAAAAACUGCUUUGGGCUGCAAGUGGUUUGUAGCCCAAAUUUUCCAAACUAGAAUAAAAACUACUAGUGUGGAAUGUUCUGAUUGUAGAAGGGCUAUUAAGUGAGAGCAUAUGUUAUACAGAAUAUUUGCAAAUUAAAGAUCAUUUGAUUUAUAAAAUUAAGAAACCUCUUUAAAAUGAUCUUCUUUAAAAAGAACUCUACAGGUGCAGCUCACAACGCUUAAUUGCACAAAGAGUUCUUGAUGAUGUGAUGCAUGUUUCUGCCUGCACAGUGCCUCUACUCAUCUUUUAGGUAUUGCUGUGUAAGGUUUAUAGCUAUGUGUUUCCCCCCUGUGUUUCCUUAAUGUUACAAUGGAAUAUUUAGCCUCCUGCAUCUUUUAGUUCUCCCUGACAUAUAUUUUUCCACCUUCUUUACAUGUGUGCAUUUCACUCUGAAGCUUCUCAAAGAAAACCACAAUGUCAAGGGUGAAACAGAAAACACAUUAAUAUUGGUUCCCAAGUUCUCUUACAUUGCCUUAAAGUGGUUCUUUCCCUCAGGGAUGAUAGCACUAAAAGAGCAAGUGCAUGAAUGAAUAAUGGGAAGUGGAAUGAUGAAUUAGUAAGAAGAAAAACCCAAAAGAAAUCAGGAUAAUUAAAAUCCUGUUCAGGACAAUCAAUAUCGUAAUGUUCCUUGUCAUCAAAAAUAAAAGUCUACAAGCACUCACUGCCCCUUUACCCUGCUUUUCUAACUGCAAUGUACUUUGAAGCAUAGGAUUGGAAUUUCAGGGACACAUCUUUGGGCCUAAUUGAAAAAAAUACUCCUCUUGUUUGUGCCACAAAGAUGAAUCAUACUUUAAAGUCAUCAGAGAAGUACAUGCAUAAAUGGGUCCCUGUGGUAUACAGUCUACAGUUUGUCCUUGGAGAAGAGAAGCUCAAGUUAUAUUUUUUCAUCUCCCCAGUUGUUCACUAGUUGGUCCUGGGCAACUGGUGAUGUUUCUACUUAACCUAUGCUAUGGAUUUGCUGAUGGACAAAUGAUAUCAACUCAUGUAGGAGAAGUUUAAUAGAAAGCAGGUAUGCACACACUCUUUCUUGCAGCUUUUAAACAUACUUUUAAAAUAUUUUUGCUCUGGGAAGCUUUUUAUGAUACAUUUUUAUACUCAUGAUGAUUUGUCUAGUUUAGUUUAAUGCUGAUGCUUACUGUCUUUUAUAUUAUUAGCUCAUUUGUCAUGAAAUGUUUUAGAAGAUGUUACAAAAAUAUCAAAAUAAA